AUGGCCUCCGAGUACUACACGGUCCCACUAAUCAAGAUGAUGAUGGAAAUUUAUGUCAAGAGCCCUACCAAGGAAACAAUGAGUGCAAUGGUGCUGGGAAUCCUCAACUACUACUUCCCGCAAAGCCUGGACUACGCAAUGGAUUUCCAGCCUCGACUUCAAGCCGACUGGAAUCUGAAUGUCGAUCUUGCUAUUCGCCGAUGGUAUCCCGAAGCACCUGCCAAAUAUGAGCUUGCAAACCAAGCUCUCGUCGAUAUUCAGCUUGGCAUGGGUCCAUUCAGCGAGCAGGAUUGCGAGGAGAUUGAGAAUAGGCUGUCUGUUUUUGUCGACAAAGACAAGAACAACACGAAUGAUUGCUGGUUCAUCCUUUUUCAUGGGAUGUUUGUUCGAUCUUACCUCUGGAGGGCUGGUGAUGAUGAUGAGGAGCAUUUGGUCAUCAAUUAUCCACUUGAGGACCAUGAGGACCAUGGGCGCGAUGGCACCCCAGCGUACGGCUUCCACCUGAUAGAAGACCAUGAGCAGGUUGAUUACAUCCUGCGUCGUCUUGCUCGAGAGGGCUGUGUGUGA